AUGGCUGUUAUCCAAAGAACCCUCCCAGCCAAUUGGUACACGUCUCAGAAAUACCACAGAUUAGAACGAGAUGCUGUAUUUCUACGUUCGUGGUUCUUCUUGGGAACUAUCAACAAAUUUGAGGAUGCCCAAAGCGUCCGCUACGAAAUCGCACAAGUGAGACUGACAGCAAAGGUUGAGGACCUUGCAGGCAACACAAAAACCAACGUCUUCUCAGAUGUGAAUAACGAGGAGUUACGGUCUCACCAGACACGCUCAGGACUUGUCUUUACCACAAUCUCAUCGGCUGCACCUUCGUUCAAUGAGUUCUUCCCCGGCCUAGAGCAGUUGUUGGAGUCCUAUGACUUCACGAGGCUGCCUCAUCGACGCCAGUUAAGUUACAGCGGGAAGUACAAUUGGAAAACCAUGAUAGAUGGCUUCCAAGAGUGUCUACAUUGUCAAUAUACUCAUCCUGGGUUGGCGAAGCUCUAUCCAGCGGAUACGUACCACGUCGUCAACCAUGAGAACUGGUCCCGUCAUUAUUCGGACCCGAACCGUGAAGAUGACGGGUUGCUUCUUUACUUUUUCCCCUGUACUACGCUGAAUCUUUACAACGGCGGUAUGUCAUCGUUCCGUGCCUGCCCAAGUCCAGAAGUGGGUGCUUGCCGGAUAGAGUUUGACUACUAUAACGAUAACUCCCCUGAUGAUUGUGAAGACUAUUACAAGUUUGUCCGUCAGGUUGCAGAUGAGGACGGUGAGUUAUGUGAAAGUGCACAGGCGAAUUUGGAAAAAGGAAUCUAUUUUCAAGGAUGUUUAAACCCCGUCAAAGAAACUGGAGUCUCGCAUUACCAGAACAAGGUUUUCAGAAUGGUUAUGACUCAGCAUAGGAGCAACGUGUCCUCGUGA